AUGGGCAAGGAACACGAGGACUCUCUUGCUUCCCUCUCCAGCGCGCCGCCUGGGCCAGAGGCCCCUGGCGUCUCUCACCAGGCAUUUGUCCUUCGCUUUCGCCAGAUCAGUAGUCUUUUACCCUUCAAAUGCGACCCGCAUGGUCACUCGUCGCCUCCAGCGGACGGUCUGA